AUGGGGCACAUCCCCGCAGCUCCAAAAAUGUGGUGCGACGUGCCGAUGCUGAACGGCGGCGGCGGGCGGCUGCAGCUGGUGGCGGCGGCGCACAAGGAGCCGGCGGCGGCGCUGCUGGGCCCGGUGCCGCCCCCGCAGCCGCCCCCGCCCCCGCAGGCGGACAGGAGGCUCGCGUGGCGCCGGCUGCGCGCGGAGCUGCUGGUGGCGGGCGCCUGCUUCCUGCUCACCGUCGUCAACGGCUUCCCCAUCGGCUUCUCGGCCGUGCUGCUGCCGCAGCUGCGCUCCAACUCCUCCUCGCUGCCCACCUCGGACGACAUGUGCUCCUGGAUAGCGAGCAUCCACUCUGCGGUGACGCCGCUGGGCGCGCUGUCCUCCAGCUGGUUCUCGGAGCGGCUGGGCCGGCGCGCCACGCUGCAGCUGACGGUGCUGCCCAACGUGCUGGGCUGGCUGCUGCUCGCGCUCGCCAGGGACCACGCCGUGCUGCUCGCCGGCCGCGCCGUCUGCGGGUUCGCCGUCGGGCUCGCCGUGCCGCCCACGCAGGUGUACCUGGGCGAGACGUCGGAGCCGCGGGUGCGUGGCAUGCUGGCGGGGUCGCCGAUGGUGAGCUACUCGCUGGCGAUCCUGGUGGUGUACACGCUGGGCAGCUGGCUGGAGUGGCACACGGUGGCCUGGAUCAACACGGCGCUGCCGCUGGUUGCGCUCGCCGCCGUCUCGCUGGUGCCCGAGAGCCCCGUGUGGCUGGCGCGCAACGGCCGCCUCGAGCAGGCCCGGCGCGCCCUCACCUGGCUGCGCGGGGGCCGUUUCGCAGACCCCCACGAGGUGGAGGGGGAGCUGCAGGAGAUGGUGUCUCGCAUGCAUGCCGAGCAGGCGUCGGUGGCGGCGGCGGCGCGCUCGGGCAAGGCGCGGCCGUCGCUGCUGCAGACGUUCCUGCAGCCGCGCGUCUACCGGCCGGUGCUGAUCGUCAACCUGGUGAACAUGACGCAGAUCUUCUCGGGCACGUUCAUGCUCAUCUUCUACUCGGUGGACCUGAUCCGCGAGGCGGACGAGGCGGGCGAGGUGGGCGUGGGCGGCGAGUUCGGGGCGGCGGUGCUGACGGCGGCCGUGCGGCUGGCCGUGGCGGUGCUGGCGUGCGCGCUGCUGCUGUGGCUGGGCCGCCGGCCCAUGGCCGUGGGCGCGGGCGCCGCCACCGCCGCCGCCGCCUGCGCCGUGGCCGCCGUGUGCCGGCUGCGCGAGGCGCGGCCCCCGGGCCGGCCCGCCGCCCCCGGCGAAGCGCCCGCGCUCGUCGCCUGCCUGCUGCUCUACAUCGCCGCCAACACCGCCGGCUUCUUCGUGCUGCCCAUCGUCGCCACGGGCGAGCUGCUGCCGGCGCGCGUGCGCGGCAUCGCCGGCGGCUACAUCUACUUCUUCUUCAACCUGGUGCUCUUCGCCGUCGCCAAGCUCUUCCCGGUGGCCGUGCGCGCCGUCGGCGUCUCCGGCGUCUUCUGGGCCUUCGGCGCCUUCUCGCUGCUGGGCACCGUCCUCAUGUACCUCGCCGUGCCAGAGACCAAGGGCCGCACGCUCAACGAAGUCGAGGACUACUUCGACGGCGAGAACGCGCUCUGGGUGACCAGGAGGAAGGGCAGCGAGUUCUCCAAUCGCCGGGCCGCCUACAAAGCUUGAGGGCUUACGAAAACUGUGCGGUGAAGCAACGGAGUUAGCAGCCACGUGCAGGGAUCGCCGUGGAGCAGCACAGAGCUAAGAGAAAUCCAGUGGAGAAACAUUCCGAGUGACAAAAUUGUCGAGGCCUUCGAGACCAGUUGUUGACUUACUGCGUUUCGCCUUCCACGUCGUGAUUCCUGGCCGACGUUUCUUCUACGACUUUCCUGACUGGGCGUUCGAUCCCAGUCCACUGCACGCAAUGGAAGGUGAACCUUUGACAGUGCCAGCCACUCGUGCCGGGGGAAGCCAGAAAAAUCUAUUGAUCCGAUGGAACUGCAUUUUUCUGGCGAUAUACGAUUCUCAACUCUAUCUUCGCUGAGGAUGGAAUCUGAAGUAAUGAAUUAAAAUUCGUGCCAACGCCGGCCGGACCUUGAUCCCAGAUUUCCUGCUUACUACACAGAUGUACUAACCAAUUACACAAGCCUGCCAUUUUGCGUACCACAGCUCCACAGACAACCAUAGUCCACUGGCCGAAGUAAGGCUGUGAGGACGGGGCGUGAGUCGUGCUUGGGUAGCUCAGUUGAUAGAGCACUUGCCCGCGAAGGGCAAAGUUCGAGUCUCCGUCCGUUACACAGUUUUAAUCUGCCAGGAAGUUUCAUAUCAGCGCACACUCCGAUGCAGAGUGAAAAUCUCUUUCUGGAAUCAUAGUCAAAUUCCCUCCAUAACACAAGGAGGCUUCAGCACAUUUUCCCCUUCAUAAAUCGCCAGUAUUGCCGAGGUUCAGCGAUACUGAAAUAGCACUUUUAUGUCUGCCUGGAGCGGCAAUUGGAAUUGAUAGCAGGACGAGACCGGGGUGUGACGCAAGAUCUGAUGGCCGAGGAAAGAUUAGUCUCAAAGUAAGGUUCCAGCGAUCAGGAGGAUUACAUAUCUUUAUUCUCCACACUGAAGCACGCACCGUCUAUUGAUGUCAUAGCAAGUAGCUACGUGAUUAAGUUCACAAUACAAUUCACAAAUCCACAGUGCAAUCCAAAUCGUAACUAAGUUCUAAGCCCAAGGUUGUCAUAUAAGGUCUAUACAAUAACACUUCGAUAUUAACACAGCUAGCGAGCAAGAGCGAGUGGCCGUGGCAUCAGGUCUGUGCUCCCGUUAUAUCUUGUGGCCAUAGAGGGAGCUGCAGGCAACAACUAUUGAAUGGCGCGACGUCUUGAGCCGGAGAUGAUGCCAUGAACCUCUGGCGGCCGCGAUGUGAAGCUAAGGCCGACCACCGCGCACGUGCAGCCGGGCUGAGCGACGGCAGGGCGCACGUGAUUCGGUUAGGUCCGCGGACAUAGCAAGCACCCCAGCUUUCUACGUAAUGAGGAAAUCAUGCCUAUAACUCAGGUGUAGGUGAUCGAAUGGAAUUGCAUUUCCCUGGAAUCGGACGCGUCUCAGCUGUACCUUCGUUAAGGACAGAAGAGCUUAAUUGGUUUGUCUUAGGGAGAGCAUUCGACUAGGGCGUCCGAGCAGCUGUACGAGCUACAGUGCCACAGUGGUGUAGUCGUUAGCACAUCUGUCCAGGAAGCAGGAGACCCGGCUUCAACUUCCGGUCUUAGCAAGAAAUUUAAUUCAUUACUUCAGCUUCUUUCCUUAUUUCGGUAAAACUUUUAAACAAAAAUCGGCCAAAGAUCCCGACGCAAGAGCCAACUGGCCAUUGUUCCGAGUGAGAUCAGCAGAUAGCUCUAGUUCCAGUAACAGAGUCGCACGUAAGAAGCCAAAGAGCAGCCCAAGAGUAGAGUCAAUGUCAAGGAUCCGAUAUCCUGGUGUAGCGACAAUUUACCAUGACAUUCAUAACAAUGCACAACUAGCUGUUGCCUGUGUGGCCAGUCCGUAUAUCUGCAGAGCAGCUGCCAGACUUAUAGCCCACUGCCGCCGCAGAAGGCCUUGCGUCUCACGCUGGUAGUGCCCUCGGUGGUGUGACAAUAGCUAUAGAUCUCAUAUCGCUGACUGAUGCGAGUGCCAGGCGGCCAUUCCCUCCCUACCUCAGACUUACCUGCAGAGUAUCCACGCUGCCUCGUAUUACAAUUUCCCUUCGGCACCUACUACAGUACUACUCCACCACUUACAAUAAUCUUGAAUCACGCGUUUGGCACCACCACCAUUCUCCAAUCAAUACCAAGUAACCUGAUGGCCAGGAGACGAGUUAAACGGCAGAGGAAACAUUGUACAAAGACUGAAUCACUAGAUACCUGGAAAAGUUAUUACAGUGCAAGCAACAGUUCCAUAGAACCUUAGUACAAACUAGUAGGUUCGUUACUCAGUAUUAUAUUUCUUUCGUUCCUGAAGAAUAAUUUUUGAGUGAUUUGUCAAACUGCCUUGAACAUGUAGGGUUCUCACUGAAGAGAGACUGAGCUUUUUAAGGUGUAAGUGAUUUGUGAAACUCAGUUAUUUUGUAGACUGUGAUCUGUGUCAUCUAGCACUGUUACAAUACACUUGUAUUUUUGGAACACUUACAUGACAAAGAUUUAGUGAACGGUGCCUUAUGGAUUGUGGACCAUUUUAAUACCAGAAUUAUAAGUUUUGUCUAAUAGAAUUUUUACUGUAAAAUACAUAUUUUAUUUGCGGCCAGUACUGAACCAUAGGAAGAAAAUGGAAGGAAAAUGUACUUAUUUCUGUCUCUCUUAUGGUGUUUCCUUGAAUGUACUUAUCGUUUUUUCGUGCAGCACUGUUGCUCAUUUACCUAUUAUUAGCAAACGUAACAUUUAUUUGUUUUAAGUUAAUACUGAAGGGACUUUAUAUGUUAUUUUCGUUUCAGUGUCAGAGUGUAUGUGUUACGAAUCACAACAUUUGUCUGAGACAGAGUACGCCCUCCAUAUACGAUAUGUAUCAGUCAUGAUAAUAUAAACAUUCAUUAAUUUGAGUAUAUAUGUAAUAGAUAUAAAUGUGCAUGAUCCUGUUAUUUUACCAAUAGUCUAUUUACUUUACACAUGCUGUGCUAUUUUUUGGACUACUUGUGAUCCCUAUUAUGCCAUGUGUGCUCUCUCAUACAUUAUAUGUUAUGAUGAGGAUAAAUUUUUUGUAACAAUGAAACAGUUGCAACAUUUUUUUCGUUUCUGAUAUGUAACAAUAUUUAUGUCUGUAUAAUUAACUCAUGCACACAAAGGACCAUCUCUU